UGACAAAUGGUCUUGUAAACGGCACCACGGGCAUGGAGCGUCAAUUUGGCUCUCUUUCCCUAACCAAAUCUGCUUAUGUUCCCCCCCACCUCAGGGGUGUGCAGCGGGCUGCCUCGAAUCCCUCUUUUUCCAACGGGAACAGUUGGGCUGGUUCCCGUAACAACACGCCUUCACCUGCUCCUCAGGCCGCCCGUGGCGGCUUCGAAAGCAGGGGAGGUGGCUAUCAAGACAGAGGCCGUGGCGCUAUAGGCUCUGCGCCUCGUGGCGGAGGCAAUGCCAAUGGUUGGGCCGGCCCCCAGACCAGCGGAAAUUGGAGUAGCUCUCUCGCCCCUCGCGAUUCUGGUGCUCGCGAAACCUUUGGCUACGGUGCUUGGAAGGAUGGCCGCCACGUCGUAGGUGGACGCAACAUGCGCAUGGAGAAGGAGCUCUUUGGCGACCAGAACGACCCCUCCAAACAGCACACAGGAAUCAACUUCGAGAAAUAUGACGACAUUCCUGUCGAAGCUACUGGCGCAGGUGUCCCCGAGCCCGUCAUCCAGUUUACCUCCCCUCCUUUGGAUGCCAUUCUUUUGGAAAACAUCGGCUUUGCCAUGUACACCACCCCCACCCCCGUUCAAAAGUACUCUAUUCCCAUCGUUGCCGGGGGUCGCGAUUUGAUGGCUUGCGCCCAGGCUGGUUCCGGCAAGACUGGAGGUUUCCUCUUCCCCAUUUUAUCGGCCUCAUUCGCUGAAGGCCCUCGUGCUCCUCCGGAAGAGCAGAAUUCUUACAGCCGCACUCGCAAAGCCUACCCCACCGCUUUAAUCCUUGCCCCCACCCGCGAAUUGGUGUCUCAGAUCCACGACGAGGCCCGCAAGUUUGCCUAUCGCUCGUGGGUUCGCCCAGCGGUGGUUUAUGGUGGAGCGGAUAUCAACCAGCAACUCCGACAGAUCGAACGUGGCUGUGACCUUCUGAGCGCAACUCCAGGCCGUCUCGUCGACCUCAUCGAGCGUGGAAGGAUCAGUCUCGCCAACAUCAAGUACCUCGUCCUCGAUGAGGCUGAUCGCAUGUUGGACAUGGGUUUCGAGCCCCAGAUUCGCAGGAUCGUCCAGGGCGAGGAUAUGCCGGGCAUCAACGAGCGUCAGACACUCAUGUUCAGCGCCACUUUCCCACGCGAUAUCCAGAUCCUCGCAAAGGAUUUCCUCAAGGACUAUAUCUUCCUCUCUGUUGGCCGUGUUGGCUCUACCUCUGAGAACAUUACGCAGAAGAUCGAGUACGUCGAGGACGCGGACAAACGUAGCGUCCUUCUCGACAUCCUUGCCUCGCAGCCUAAGGAGGAUCUGGGUCUUACCCUUGUCUUCGUCGAGACGAAGCGCAUGGCAGAUAUGCUCAGCGACUUCCUCAUGGGCAACAACCUCCCUGCCACCUCGAUUCACGGCGAUCGCACCCAACGCGAGCGGGAGAUGGCCCUGCAGACCUUCCGAACAGGCCGGACCCCCAUCAUGGUAGCCACCGCUGUCGCUGCUCGUGGUCUCGAUAUCCCCAAUGUCACCCACGUCGUCAACUACGACCUGCCCUCUGACAUUGACGAUUACGUCCACCGUAUCGGUCGUACUGGCCGUGCCGGCAACACGGGUGUGUCGACUGCGUUCUUCAACCGUGGCAACAAGAAUAUUGUCAAGGACUUGGUGGAGCUUCUGCGGGAGGCGAACCAGGAUAUCCCUGGCUGGCUUGAGACAGUCGCGCAUGAGGCGAGCUUUGGAAGCAGUAGCUUCAGAGGACGUGGUGGUCGAGGACGUGGUGGUGGAAGGGGCGGUUCGGGCGGUAGGGAUUACAGGACUGGAGGUGGCGGAGGUGGAGGUGGAGGUGGAGGCGGAGGAGGCGGCUACGGAGGUGGAAGGGCUGCUUCAUACGGUGGUCCUCCCUCUGCCUAUGGCGGUGGCGGCGGUGGUUAUGGUGGAGGCUACGGUGGAGGAGGAGGAAACGGAGGAGGAUGGUGGUAAA